UCGCAAAACGAUUCGAGUCCUCGCAAGUCGAUAUCUCAUCGCAAGUAUAGUUCACUGUCCACUGACCACGUAUUAUUACGAGGUAUUGUAAAAACAUGAAGCCAACGCUUGUGGCCGAUGAAAUGUUUCCCGAAGGAGCUGGACCUUACGUCGAAUUAGAGGAGGUCGGAGGUAGUAGGUUAUUAGUGGACCUGACAGCUAGUGAGAAAGCUGUUCAUUCGGAAUUUUUCAAUGAGUUUCAUGAUCUUUACGACGACGAUGAUUUGGAAUAGAGCAGCAUUCCUAAACACUUGCACAGGUUAACUUGGCAUCAAAGCAGACAAUUUCUUAUUCUUGCAAAUCCAUGUAAAAACCAACAAACAUUGUAUGUCGUGAGGUGCGUUCAGCAGAAAACUGUAUUAAUAAACUCUGUGCUGACAAAAUAA